AUGCAGGACCCACUCCAACCCGCUCGCCGUGGCCCAUCGCGUCGCACCCGUCCAUCACUAGCAUCAAUGCCUGAUAGUGGCUUUCAACCUUCAAGACCACAAACACAAGACAACUCUCGAAACAGUACAUUCCCACGCUCAUUUUCAUUAUUUCGAAAUAACAAUGUUCUUGAGGAACACCCACCAGAGGCGGACACAUUCAAUUUGGGUGUCACGUCGCAAUUACUCGAAUCGCCAACAAGAGAUCCAGAAACAACAAUACGGGGUUCUCGAAGUCAUACAAUGAGGAGCAUGCGCUCCUUUCGUUUUCCAUUAGGGGGCGGCGGAAGUGUUAAGAGCACUAGUGGAUCACAAUCAUUAUCGCCUAACUCAAUAUCAAGAAGUCAAACAAUCAGCUCGGCUUGGAGUGGAAUGAGCAAUCGAUUAUUUACAGAUUCUGCGGUGGGAACAGUAAGCGACAAACCAACAACAGACGAACUCUUCUCGUCGCAAUUUAACAAACUUGCGAGAAAACAUGGCAUUCAAUCAUUUCCCGACAACUACAAGACUGAGCCUGCCGGUUCAGUAUCGGUAUCGAGUGCGUCGAAUGCUAACAACAGCUCUGGAGACUCAACGCCAAUUAUGCAUGGAAACCGACUUUGGAAUAAGUUGCUCGGUAGAACACCAUCAUCGAUCGAUAUUUCAAAAAGUUAUGGGAACAUGAAGUUGUCUUUGGGGCGCAGGAGGGGCAGCAGCAUUGGUGAUCUUGCAGCGAUUGGACGGGGGAAGCGGGAUUCGUUGAAGGGUAUGCAUUUGGAGGAUAUGAUCCGAUUGGGCGGCGUUUCGCCGUUUACAUUACCCGAGGGACUGUCGCCUGGCGAUCUUUUGAUUCCAACGUGCAUGCAUGCUUCUGCAUCUUACAUAUUGACCCAUGGCCUCAAAACUCCUGGAUUAUUUCGAGUUGCUGGUAACCUCAAUACCACUUAUUCGCUCUAUGACUACUACCAAAGACAGUUCGAAGAGAACAAUAACGAAGCGGUUGUUCAGACAAUAGCUCUUGCCAAACUCCCUACCAGCAUCAAGUUUCACGUCCAUGAUGUCGCUCAUCUCUUUAAGAAGCUCCUCCACGGACUUCCUGGUGGACUUCUUGGCUCUCCUGCAGUUUUCCAGGCAUUGUACAACGUUCACUCGUUUGUCUACCCUGACCCAUCACUCGGGGAACAGAUGUCUCGGAAAGUAAAGCCUCGCAUGAUUGCUCUAGCUAUCGCCUCUAUCAAUCUUCACUUUAGGAUCGCCCUAAUCUGUGCCGUCUUUGGUCUUUUGAGAGCUGUUAGCCUUGCUUCAGAGCAAGAGCAAGAAUCCAAGAUGAAGGACCCUCACAAUCUUUUCGAGGCAAUGAAGGAGGAUGCGCUAGGGAUAAUCUUUGGACCUCUACUCUUAGGUGAUAAGUCAGAGCAGAUUUUAUUGCAGGAGAUGGACGACAGGGGUGGUUUACUUGUACUACCAAAGAUCUCACCUGUGCCAGAUAUCAGCUCAAAGCGCGGAAGGUACUCUCACCGACACAGCAGUGCUUAUAACAAGAUGCAAAACGAAAAGACAAAGCGCGCUGCUGUGGUGUGUGAUAUGCUUAUCAAUAACUGGGAAGAGAUAUCUUACCAGCUGAAGAAGAUCGAUGCUUUGAAUAUUACUGCCCAAGCCUAUGAUCUCCCUUCGCUUAAGCAAGAACUUCCAGAAGAAAACCAAGAGGAAAGGUUACUGUCACAAUCUAUACGGGCGACGAAAACAGCAUCUAUGCGUAGCCGUCGGGGUGUUAGCACAAUUCGUAGCAGAGUUGCCUCCGAUGACGAGUCCAUCCUACCCUUUCAAGGUCUUAACCCACCGUCAUUCCACAAGCCACCGCCGCAAAUUGGAGAUCUUAUGCAAUUCUCCACUCAUGACACCCUUAAGGAGGAUGACGAAACUCCAUAUCUUAGCGCACCACCAUAUCUGUCAAUGCCAAUGAGUACAGUUCCUGAGGCACCCUCUCCAAACAGAUCACCUACCAGAUCUAUAGGCGCCAAGUCUACUCCUGGGUCGCCAAACUGGAUUGCUCACAAUCCUGAGACACCCAUACACACACCUAGCCGCAGACCCAAUUUCAGUGUAAAGCCCUCCCAGCUCAGACAAGUAGCAGAUUACGAUCCAGCAACACCGAGCUCAGCAUCUAGCUCAUCAAACAGCUCAGGUGCCUCUUCACCAGGGCUUGAGGUUGCUGCUCAAGCUGCCACAAGACUCCAACGUGCAUUCCUCGGUGGUCAAACAAGGAUGGGAAGCGAUAACACCAUCAUUGCAUCCGAAAUGCUACCGGAAAAACCACGUGUGCCUUCAGAAACUCCGACUGAGAUUCCGGACUUUGAGUUCACUCCUACGAACUUUAGAGACUUUGACCUUGGGGAGUUCUCUCUUAGCCCAGACCCAGAGACAACUCCAAAGCCUUUGAACAUCAAGAACAAGAUACCAAAGACAAGAACUAUACCUGCGUUCUCGAUCUUCGAAGACAAGACCAAAUGCAAGUCGCCUGUCCUUGCGAGCCCCAUGCUCACCUUGACAAGACCCAACGCAAGGUCUGAGGUCAAGCUUACCCACAAGGCCACAAAGUCUAUGUCGAAAGUUCCUAUGCGUCCACCAACACGUCGCAACCCAUCGGAAUCCCCAUCACGCCCUACCACUGCUCCUCUUCAACCCGCAACACCGAACCUUCACCUUCGAGGUAUCUCAAUCGACAGUGAUGUUGAUGAUCGGUACGUCUGGAGAGAAGAUCAUACCGAGGCACCUUCUCCAACCAAAAAGCGUGGUAACUCUGCGCUUCAUAUCGAGAUUCGAAGGUUGCAACGACUUUUGGAUGUAAAGACCGAGGAAGCUGCGCAGGCAAAGAAGGACUUGGAAUUGGCACAGAAUGUUGCCAACGCCGGUGCUCUGAGCCAUAUGUUGAGGGAGGCCCAAGAGGAAGUGAAAGUCUGGAAGAAUCGUGCAGAGUGGGCUGAGAAACAACUGAGAGCAAAAGGCAUUAUGGAGAGCAGAAGGGGCGUAGAAGGUCCUCGUGCUAUGGGUGUACCAAAGAACCCGCCCAUGAGAUACAGCUUGGGCUAA